AUGGCGGAGGAUCAGGUCUGGCGUGGGGUGGGAUGGGGAAUUGAGAGAUUGCGACACAGGGAGAAUCAGCAGAGACAGGCGGGAGGACGGGUGGAGGAGGAACUAGAGAGUGCGGCAAGUGCACUCCCUAUGCAGAGGCGUCAUCCACGUGCUGCAGAGAAUCCUGCCGUGGCGCAGGCAGAGGAACUAGAGGAUGGAGAAUGGGUGGCUGUGGAGACGCAACUGCGUGGACUGGAGAAUGCGGGGCCCCAGGUUUUCGAGGAGACGGAGCGAGGAUUUGAGGAGGCUGGCGACCGCAUCGCGGCUGGCGGCAGGGUGCCUACCACAGCAGAGUUAAUGCGGCGUCUGACGUUGGUGGCAAGAUCCGUGGCCAGGACUUCGUCGGAACAACGUGUUCGUUUCAGCGACUGCAUGGCAGAGAUUCGCGAGUUUGGUUUGCAGAUGCAGGGUUGGGACACGCGGUACUUGCAGGACUACGAUGAUCUAACGUACGAAUACCACGAGCUCAAGGCUGAGGACGAGGAGGAGCGGAAGAGGGAGGAGGCGAGGAAGGUGGAACGCGAAAAGGAGGAGAAGCGGCAUAAGGACGAGGAGGAGCGGAAGAGGGAGGAGGCGAGGAAGGCGGAACGCGAAAAGGAGGAGAAGCGGCAGAGGGACGAGGAGGAGCGGAAGAGGGAGGAGGCGAGGAAGGCGGAACGCGAAAAGGAGGCGAAGCGGCAGAAGGACGAGGAGGAGCGGAAGAGGGAGGAGGCGAGAAAGGCGGAACGCGAAAAGGAGGAGAAGCGGCAGAAGGACGAAAAGGAGCGGAAGAGGGAGGAGGCCUUGAAGGCGGAACGCGAAAAGGAAGAGAAGUGGCGGAACGCGAAAAGGAGGAGAAGCGGCAGAAGGACGAGGAGGAGCGGAAGAGGGAGGAGGCGAGGAAGGCGGAACGCGAAAAGGGGAGAAGCGGCAGAAGGACGAGGAGGAGCGGAAGAGGGAGGAGGCGAGGAAGGCGGAACGCGAAUAGGAGGAGAAGCGGCAGAGGGACGAGGAGGAGCGGAAGAGGGAGGAGGCGAGGAAGGCGGAACGCGAAAAGGAGGAGAAGCGGCAGAGGGACGAGGAGGAGCGGAAGAGGGAGGAGGCGAGGAAGGCGGAACGCGAAAAGGAGGCGAAGCGGCAGAAGGACGAGGAGGAGCGGAAGAGGGAGGAGGCGAGGAAGGCGGAACGCGAAAAGGAGGAGAAGCGGAGAAGCGGCAGAAGGACGAGGAGGAGCGGAAGAGGGAGGAGGCGAGGAAGGCGGAACGCGAAAAGGAGGAGAAGCGGCAGAAGGACGAGGAGGAGCGGAAGAGGGAGGAGGCGAGGAAGGCGGAACGCGAACAGGAGGAGAAGCGGCAGAAGGACGAGGAGGAGCGGAAGAGGGAGGAGGCGAGGAAGGCGGAACGCGAACAGGAGGAGAAGCGGCAGAAGGACGAGGAGGAGCGGAAGAGGGAGGAGGCGAGGAAGGCGGAACGCGAACAGGAGGAGAAGCGGCAGAAGGACGAGGAGGAGCGGAAGAGGGAGGAGGCGAGGAAGGCGGAACGCGAACAGGAGGAGAAGCGGCAGAAGGACGAGGAGGAGCGGAAGAGGGAGGAGGCGAGGAAGGCGGAACGCGAACAGGAGGAGAAGCGGCAGAAGGACGAGGAGGAGCGGAAGAGGGAGGAGGCGAGGAAGGCGGAACGCGAAAAGGAGGAGAAGCGGCAGAAGGACGAGGAGGAGCGGAAGAGGGAGGAGGCGAGGAAGGCGGAACGCGAAAAGGAGGAGAAGCGGCAGAAGGACGAGGAGGAGCGGAAGAGGGAGGAGGCGAGGAAGGCAGAACGCGAAAAGGAGGAGAAGCGGCAGAGGGAGGAGCACGCGAAGGCGAUGGAAAGGAGGCGGCAACAGAGGGAGGUGGAGCUAGAAGCGAAGCGUGAGCAGAUUGCGAAGGUCGCUGAAACAAAGCGGUUGGAGGCAGCAAAGCGAAAAAGAGACCUCGAAAUAGAGCGUCAGAAAGCCCUGGAGGAGAUCGAGCGUAUUGCACGGUUGGAGGAAGCCACAAAGGAGGAAGAGAAGAGGCAACAAAUGGAGUUAGAGGCAGAAACACAGAAAAUGGAAAACGAGAGGCGACGGAUUGCGGAAGAGGAUGAGGAAGGGGCAGCGGAGCAACGGCAGGGAGGAGAGGCGGAAGGAGAAGGGUGCGUCGGGAUUCAUAAGGUGCUUUCGCUCGUUCCCGAAGAUCCACUGCAAGUAGUUUACAUGGAGGAGGAGGGGGAGGGUUCAGAACAUCUGACAGGUUAUGGAGUUUUAGAGACUCAACCGCCAUCGAAAAGGCCUCGCAUUGACCAGACGGGAAUGAACUUCGGCGCGGCUGAGGGGUCUUUGGGGGCGGCUGAGUCAGAGGAAUGUGUCGGUGAAAAUGUGUCGGGAAAUCAGAAUGUUCAACCAACGUUGGGAGAGGCGACGGGGGAGGUGGCACAGCGAAGAACGGACGUGCUACCAGACGAGCUAGGGAAGCGGUGGGGGGAAACAAAGCAUUUCAGAUCGAGUGGGCUUACCACACGCGAAAAGAAGAACAAGGGGGAAGUGGUGUACGUGCGCUACAACUCGGAGCAAACCGUCGGAGGUGUGAAGAGGAACAUGGGUAGCUUCAAGGAGAGGAAACUACGCGAUUUCACAGUGGCCGUCUGUUGGAUGACCUACUUCCCCGACACCGACAUGGUCCAUUACGGCUUGGAUCCUGCCGAGCUUGGCUUGUGGGCGGUCCACCUCGAUUUCGCGCGUGAACUGCCGACGGGUGUCUGGACUGUUAUGAACGAAUUGAACCUCGACAAGUUCGAGAAGUGA